AACCGCACUUACGUCGUCAAUUUCAAACUUCCCGCCCCGAAUUUUGACAUUUCGAACCCUUGACGCUUGUGCAAGCCGCUAACGACAAAUUUUAAUUGUUAAUAACAAAUAUUAUCGCUGAGCUUGUGCGUGCCCGAAGGCGCUACUUUUGAUGAGCUCCCGCCAAGAUUUACCAGAAAUUAGACGUUCCGUAAGCAGUAGUCAGUCCAAAUUUAAAAUGCAGACGAAAGUCCAGGAGAGUUCGUCGUCGCUGGUCGGAAAAUUCCAGCCCCAUCAGGAGGAACUUCAGCUGCUGGGGGAGCUGGCUGGCAUUCACAUGGACUCGAAAGUCUUUAGAAUUCUGGUGGAGUUCCUCAACAUGGGAGUAGACGCGAACACAAUUUUUGCCGUUUUGAAGAGCAUCAGACGACCGUCUACCAGACAAAGUCGCAGCUCUCUCUCGCACGUGUCGUCUCACUCAUAGAAUCUCCUCUUAACCUCACACAGUACUUAAUUAAUGUGAUGUAUUUUUAAGACUUGUUUUUAUUUUUAUAUUUUAUGAAAUCUCAGUUUAUAAUAAACUUUCUCAACUCGAAUUGUUUGGUGGUCACUGCUUCCCGGAGUGGGGAUGACAGGUGACAGGUGACAUAAUUGUUUUCAAGAUGAGGGUUGAAGGACGGUUAAAACGCAAAAUUUUGAUUUCGAUUUUUUUCUGUUUCUAAACCAGUUUUCGUUGUUUUCCCCAAUGAAACUUCCCAAUUUUGCUCACUCCGACCAGUGCUGUGACAACCGUUUCGCAAUAAAACUUGCAAGUAAACAAAUGACAAGAAGCUCAAUAAAAACAAACCCUCAUUAGUUUUAUCAGUUGCUGGCUCAACCAGAUUAGCGACGACAAUUUGCCGUAGUUUGCGAAAAUGUCCGUGGAAGAGGAAGUGGAACUGCGAGACCUCGUAGCCCAGACUUUGGAACUGAACGGCUGCCUCCCCAAAAUUAGGGCGCAACUCAGAGCCAGCCUUUUUCUCGCUUUGGAUGAAGACUCAAAGAUAAGUAAACAACAACCCCUCCUCAACACAAAAAUCAAACCAUAUCUAGAAUCUCCAGAAGGCCAAUUAAUGUUUUGUUUAGUUCGCGAGUUUCUUGAGUACUUUGACCUUGACUUUACUGCUUCUGUUUAUGAUCCUGAAUCAUACGUAGGAAGUUUCUACAAGUAUGAAGGCCGCCAGAAAGUCAUUGAUGAUUUGGGUCUGCAGUCUGAGGACCUCACGGGCCCCGUUUUGUUCCACAUAGUGAAAAUUGCUCAAUUAAAAUCAAAAACUCUGAAAAUUAAUUUAACUAAUAUUAACGGCGACCAGGAGUCCAAUCUGUCCAGUUCUGCAUCUUCAGUUCAAGAGCAAGUGAAUGGACACAGCGCGGAUAGUGACAGUCCCGUGAAAAACGACCUUAAUUCCACUUACGUGCUCAAAAAAGAAAAUGGAGAGGUUGAAGACAACCCUGUGUACUCCGCCCACGUGAAAAAGAACGAAAACGAUGACACCUUCAACGGUACAAGUUCCAUAGAAGAAGAGUCCGUCAGUGCUAACGGUGACGUCUCUCACAAAUCAACCAGUAAUGACGAGGAAGCGUCAACCACCCCCGAACAAGAAAGCAGUCCUGAAUCAAAAUCAAAAUCCGAAGACAAAACAAAGAAAUUAAAAAAACUCGAACUCCCUCCAUUGCAGCUAAGUAAACCCCGAGGCAGCGACUUAUUGCCAUCUCUGUACAAAAAAUCUAAAGAGUAUGACUUUGAAAUUAAGGAUGAUUAUGAAGAGGACUUCAUGUCUGGGAGUGAAAUUGAACUCUCUCAGAGUAGGAUUGAUUCCCCGAAGCCUCUCUUUGAGGAGCUACAACAGUGUUCAGAACACACAACGAACGGGACUAGCACCUCCAAGAAAAAAACUCCAGACAAUAAGUAUAGUAAUUCCACAAACAUUGAAACGAAUUUAAGUGUGGAUGAGACUUCAUCCCACAACUUGGACACUUAGUGUACUUAAAACUUGCUCACUUGUACUUACGUUUGCAUAACCCCUGCGUGGUUGUGGCUUUUUCUCACUAACUAGUUUCUUAUUUAGGUUAAGGUUUUGUACUUAAUUAAAAUGUGCCUUGCGAUUGUGAUUUGAUUAAAUAAAAAGAAUCAAAAUCGA